UGAUCUCAUAUGAGAUCACUGGUAGGUAAUGGGUUAAAGUGAACAAAUACCACGAAGCAUUUUGUUCGGUGUAUUAUCUAUUCUGCCAACAUGCUGCCUUAAUUUUAACGAAAGAUAACGUGAGGUUAUCUUAUACUGAGAAGAUGUCAUUUUGUUUGUUAGAUUUUUUAUUUCACUACUUUUCAGGAGGAAUUCGAAUUACCAAAACACCGCCGACAAGCCACUGGCAUCGUUGAUUUCAAUAACAGCUACUGUUAAGCUGUUAUAAAACCAUAUUAUCAUAUAAUCCUACUUUGUGUAAUCCCGUAUAUACAGGCCAUAUUCUCUCCAGAUAUAAAUAACUAAACAUCAUCAUAUAUCAGUCUCCCCACUGGCUUUCCAUUUCUCAGCCAUCAAAGAGUGAUUUCCCUUUUAAACCACAAGACUCACUGAUCAAUAACUUAAUCAAUAACCUCAGUCUAUUGACUUAUAAACUCAAUAGAUGGUGAAUACCCAACAAAGAAUUAUAUUAUGUUGUGUUAAUUGGACAUUCUAAUAUAACCUGUAGUAGAAGACUAUCAACUCUAUCAGAACAUCUGCUACCAGUUAUUUAUGGACUCCCUAUAUUUUCUAGCCUACAUAACAUCCAUUGACAUUUAUUAAGCUAAAUAUAGAAGUCUUUUUGUUUACAUCAGUGUGAGAAGAUUCAACCAGCCUCUGUGGUAAGUAGAAAAUAUAUCUACAUAACAUAUUUUCUGCACAUCUAAGCAAAGGCUUGAGAUAUUGAAAGCAAGAAACUGAACCACAGCUGAGUAUAUUCACGAAUAUUUCUCUGCUUUUAAGAAUUUCAUCAACACUUAACAUGGAAGGUGUCAAUCACUUGAACACUUCUAAGAUAACUGUUUUUGCCAAUAAAGAUACAGCUUCACAAACGUACAGCGAUGAGGAAACCUUGUGUGAUGAAAUGUUUACAACUAAACGAAUAUCUUUACACAGAAAGAUGUGCAAAUAUCGUUGUGAGAUCUGUAGGAAAAUAUUCUCCUCAAAACAAGAAGUCUUCACACACAGGAAAACACACAAUAAGAAGGAAAAGUCUUGCUACUGUGAGAUAUGUGGAAAAUCUUUUGGUAAUAGAUCAGAUCUUGUUAUCCACAAAAAUAGUCACAAUGAAGAGAAACCAUACCACUGUGAAAUAUGUGGGAAAGCCUUUUUUUCUAACAGUAAAUUAACACGACAUAAAAUAAUACACAGCGGAGAAAAACCGUUCCAUUGUCAAAUAUGCGGAAAAUCUUUCACACAGAAUUCAAAUCUUGUCAUUCAUAAAAGAAUACAUACGGGGGAAAACCCAUUUCACUGUGAAACAUGUGGAAAAGCUUUCAUUAAUAAUUCAAGCCUUACAAUCCAUGUUCGUAGUCACACAGGAGAGAAACCAUAUUACUGUGAAAUGUGUGGUAAAUCCUUUGUUGAUAACAGCAAUUUAACAAGACACAAAAGAAUACAUACUGGGGAAAAGUUUUUCCAUUGUCAAAUAUGCGGAAAAUCUUUCAUUGAAAAUUCUAAGCUUACAAUCCACAUACGAAGUCACACUAAAGAAAAACCUUAUCAGUGCGAAAUCUGUGGAAGAUCAUUUUCUGUUAACUCCAGUCGUGUUGUCCACAAACGUGUUCACACUGGGUAAGGCUAUCUUGUAAAAUACUCUUUACUCUUGUUACUCUUUUACUUGUUUCAGUCAUUUGACUGCGGCCAUGCUGGAGCACCACCUUUAGUCGAGAAAAUCGACCCCAGGACUUAUUCUUUGUAAGCCUAGUACUUAUUCUAUCGGUCCCUUUUUGCCGAACUGCUAAGUUACGGGGACCUAAACAUACCACCAUCGGUUGUCAAGCGAUGGUGGUGGGACAAACACACACAUAUAUAUAUACAUAUAUACGAUGGGCUUCUUUCAGUUUCCGUCUACCAAAUCCACUCACAAGGCUUUGGUCGGCUCGAGGCUAUAGUAGAAGACACUUGCCCAAGGUGCCACGCAGUGGGACUGAACCCGGAACCAUGUGGUUGGUAAGCAAGCUACUUACCACACAGCCACUCCUGCGCCUAUACGUGGAAAGUUGUUCAUCAUUAUCAUCAUCAUUGUUGUUUAAUGUCUAUUUUCAAUAUUGACAUUGGUUGGAAUGUUUGACAGGGGCUGGUCAGGCCCCAAUUGUCUGUUUUGGCAUGUUUUUUACCGAUGGCUGCCCUUCCUUAUGCCAACCACUUUACAGAGUGUGCUGGUUCCUUUUUAUGUGUUACCUGCAUGAGUGUAUUGUAAGUGUCACUGGCACGAAUACAUUUUAUGCAGCACCAGCACUAGUGCAUCCUACAUGGCACCGGCAUGAGUAUUUUACGUCGCACCGACACCAGCUGGGAGAGGGUGUGGGGGCAUGGCCAUAAAGGAUAUUAAUAGUAAUAAUCUAACAAACAUGAAAGAACACACAUUGGAGAAAAACUGUUUUACUUUGGAAUAUAUGGGAAAUCUUUUGUUAAUGAGAGUAAUUUAAGAAAACAGAAAAGAAUAUACAUAGUAAAAAAAUUGUCUUGUCUCUUAUUUCUUUACUGCCCACAAGGGGGUUACAUACAGAGGGGACAAACAAGGACAGACAAACAGAUUAAUUUGAUUAUAUUGACCCCAGUGCAUAACUGGUACUUAUUUAAUCGACCCCGAAAGGAUGAAAGACAAAGUCGUCCUCGGCGGAAUUUGAACUCGGAACGUAAAGACAGACGAAAUACCACUAAGCAUUUUGCCCGGCGUGCUAACGUUUCUGCCAGUUCACCGCCUUAAAAAAAAAAAAAAAAUUGUCUUGUGAAAUAUUGGGAAACUUUUUUUUUUAUCAAUAAUAGUAAUUUAACAAAGUACAAAAGAAUACACAAUAGCAAAUAAAACCAUUUCACUAUAAAAUAUGUUGAAAAUCUUCCAUUAGCCCUUUAGCAUUUAAUCCAGCUAUAUCUGGCCCGAAUAUUCUACCAGUUUUAUGCUUUAACUGGCCAGAUCCAUCUUCUCACACCUGCCCUAUAAUGCCAGUCUAAAAAUAUACAA